AUGUCAGGGCAUCCAUUAUCGAUUCGUUAUCAGCAGGCGUUCACCCGGACGUUCUACGUAUCCGGUAUGGCUCUCGUCGAAAUCAAUUUCCAUUCAGAUAUACGAAGCAGAGUCAUUUACAUCGACUGUGGAAUCCGAGAUUCUCGCUGCACUAUCGCAUCCGUCAUGCUUCGGCCUGGGUGUUGUUCACUGAUCCGAUACCUCCUGGAGACCGAUGCCCCGUCCGUGGUUCUGGCGAACGUGUAUGGCGCUCUUGAGUCGAGGUUGCCGUUCUCGCAUCCACCGAUGACGGCAGAGUUCAUGGCGGAUGUUAAUGGCGAGGGGUGGAAUGCAGAGCAGGUGCUAGGCAUAGCGAGAAAGGAUUUGGAGGCUGAGACAAAAGUGGAAAGCACAAGCGGUUACCUGAUGGUAUAUAUCUUCAGAUACCUCAUGAGUCGAUUCACGUUAAUCCCUGCAUGUACCGUCGGCAUCAACGAUGUGCCCCACUUCCUGGACGAGCUCUCACCGGAUUACCCCGCAUCUCAUUUUCUGGUCGGCCGCCGACUUCACCGCCCAGGAUACAAGCCCGAGAUAUACAGGAAAUGUCGAGUGAAGACGUCCAGCCUCAGCAUGCGCUUGAUGCCUGCGCUGUAUUCGUUUUUCCCCAACGAGACCCCCUAUGAGCAACGUUCUUCCAUGUGCAGCGUCAAACGGCGUCUUGUCGUUCUACAGAGAGGAGUUCCUGUGAAAUCCGGGACAACCUGGCACGUGUUCACCCGACCCAUUGAUUACGGUGCAUGCACUGGAGGCGGAAGAGGACACAGAAAGGAUCGUAUCAAGGACUACGGGGUCCAUAUCCACUGCUUCACCGACACCCUCACCUUUGGCUUCCGCCUACCUGAGUACUUUCCAAACCUCUCACCACUCCUACCCACGCCAUCCUCUACCGCGUAUGACUCGACCAUACUGUCCUCCGAUGACCUGUUGCCUUGGGAAAGCGGUAUACCAACAUCAUGCUCAAUAACAUAUCAGAACAACUUCUCACUACAUUGA